AUCAAACCUGCCCCACCAGAUUGGAGACCAGCGCGGCGCCCGCAUCAUUUUCCACACUUCCAAGCACGACCACAAUGUCUCCGACGACACCACAAACCAACCGUAACCAGACCUCACAGACGACGACCCUACUCAUCCUCUGCUUCAUCAUCAUCUGCCUCUUUCCGAACCUAUUUCACUUUCUCUGGAACCUGCCUCUCACGGCCCUAGGCUACGCAUUUUCAACACGCAGCAGUAGCUCCAAACCCCCACGUCAUACCCCACCAACUACCUCAUCCGCAACAACAUCAACCAUGACGGGCUCCUGGUUCCAAAAGCAGUUCUCCCUGCCCGCCCGCUCGCGCGGCUCCUACCUCAUCACGGACGAGAUCGUCGGCGCCCUCCCGGAGCUCAAGAACUACAAGGUCGGCAUCCUCCACCUGUUUGUCCAGCACACGAGCUGCGCCCUCAGCCUCAACGAGAACUGGGACGACGACGUCCGCGCCGACAUGAGCGAUGCGCUGGACCGCAUCGCGCCCGAGGCCGGGCCCAAGGGCCAGGAGCUGUACCGUCACAGCGCCGAGGGUCCCGAUGACAUGCCGGCCCACAUCAAGAGCGCUCUCGUUGGCGCGAGUGUUACUAUCCCGAUCAAGGAUGGCAAGCUGGCCACGGGAACCUGGCAAGGAAUCUGGUACCUGGAGUUCAGGGCUAGCAAGCAUCAGCGCCGCCUGGUGGCAACCAUCCAGGGAGAGCCCAAGGCGUGAGUUUCUUAGGUGCUAUGCAG